AGAAUCAGAUGGAGCAGCUGUCGGACGAGGAAGUGGAGCUCCGAGAGGAUGAGGAGGAGGAAGACAGCGACAAGGAGGACCAGGACUUGGACCAGAUGUUUGGAGCCUGGCUGGGGGAGCUGGAUAAGCUCACACAGAGUCUGGACGACGGCCGCCCGGAGCGGCCCGCCCAGCAGAAGGCGCCGCUGAGACAGGAAACCAACAUGGCCAACUUCUCCUACAGGUUCUCCAUCUACAACAUCAACGAGGCGUUGAACCAGGGGGAGAACGUGGAUCUGGACGCUCUCAUGGCCGACCUGUGCUCCAUCGAGCAGGAGCUCAGCACCGUCAACCCCAAGCAGAGCAGCAAGGCGCGCCUGGCACUCGCCGACACCAAGGUGCGGCAGAAGCCUCCGGCUGGGCGCAGUAGCAAGCAGCAUCCAGCAGGGGGCAGCGGUGACGGCAGUCACGGCGGUGGCGGGGGCGGCGGGGGCGGCGGCGGCGGCAGCAGCAGCGGGGCGAGCAGCAACAGCAGCAGCACCAGAGCUUCCCCCGCCGGCACCGUCAGGGUCGCGGCAGGACAACACGGCAGGCCGGCGCUGGCGUCUAAUUUCAGCCUGGAUGACAUCACAGCCCAGCUGGAGAAGGCAUCCAUGAGUAUGGACGAAGCUGCCCGUCAAAACUCCUCCCACUCAUUGAGUUCCGCCUCCGCCACGUCAUCAUCAGUGCGCCGCCCGGCGUCCGGCCAGCGACAGCAUCGGCGCACGGGGUCAGUCGGCACCGUCAGCGAACACGAGGUGCGCUCCAUCGCCCACUCUUCACGCUCCUCCAUCACCUCGGCCUCAGGAACCUCCGUCAACUCGGCUUCCUCCAUGGACUCUCUGGACAACGUUCACCACGCAAACCAAUCCGACAGCCCUCAUGCCGCUUUAGCCCCGCCCCCAGCCAACGGUGCCAGCCAAGGUCGUGAUAGCACGGAGCACUCGUAUCUGGACAGGGAAACCUCUCUGAUUCUGAGGAACAUGGCGGGCAAGCCUUCACACCUGCUGACCAAGGAGGAGCAGGCGGCCAAGAUGAAGGCCGACAACAUCCGUGUUGCUCUGGAGAAGAUCAAGGAGGCGCAGGUGAAAAAGUUGGUGAUCCGCGUACAUUUGUCGGACGAGAGCUCCAAGACCAUGAUGGUGGACGAGAGACAAACGGUCCGACAGGUUCUGGACAGUCUGCUGGAGAAGUCCCACUGUGGUUACAGUCCAGACUGGUCUCUGGUGGAAACCAUCAAUGAAGUCCAAAUGGAACGCAUCUUCGAGGAUCACGAGAACCUGGUGGAGAACCUCCUGAACUGGACCAGAGACAGUCAGAACCGCCUCAUGUUCACGGAGCGGGUAGAGAAGUACGCGCUGUUCAAGAACCCGCAGAACUAUUUGUUGGGGCGGAAGGAGACGUGCGAGAUGGCCGAGAGGAACAAAGAGGCUCUGCUGGAGGAGUGUUUCGGGGGCAGCUCCGUGUCCGUGCCCGAGAUGGAGGGCAUGCUGUGGCUGAAGGAGGACGGCAAAAAGUCCUGGAAGAAGCGCUACUUCCUGCUUCGGGCCUCUGGAAUCUACUAUGUCCCCAAAGGCAAAGCCAAGGCGUCCCGAGACCUGGUGUGUUUCCUCCAGCUGGACCACGUCAACGUGUACAGCGGACAAGACUACAAGAACAAGUACAAAGCUCCCACGGACUUCUGCAUGGUGCUCAAGCACCCUCAGAUCCAGAAGAAGUCUCAGUACAUCAAGUACCUGUGCUGCGAUGACAUCAGGACCCUGCAGCAGUGGGUGAACAGCAUUCGCAUCGCUAAAUACGGGAAGCAGCUGUACACCAACUAUCAGGACGCCAUGAGGAGGACGGAGGCCGCCUACGACUGGUCCUCGCUCUCUUCCUCCUCCAUCAAGUCGGGAUCCUCCUCCUCCAGUCUUCCAGAGUCGCAGUCCAACCACUCAGACAGCGGCGUGUCGGAGAUGACGUCAUCAGGCCACACCCGCUCGCAGAGCGCCGUCAGCUCCAUCUUCUCUGACGCGUGGAGGAGAGGAACGCAAGGAGGAGAGGUAACACAGGCGCAGCUGGCUUAUGUAGCCAAGGAUCAGACCGCCGAGGGCGCCGUCUUCGACUGCCGCCCAGCUGGCAAAGCACCCGACCUCUAUGGGCCCGCUUAUUGGAGGCGGGAGUCAUGCUGCCUUUUUGGGCGGGUCCCUCCAGAUCUCUGGUUUGAUAAUUAG